UCUCCUUAUAAAAAUAUAAAAAUUUGAUCUUUUAUCUUGCAUUUUUAGAAAAAUUACUUUAUUGUAAUAUGUACAAAUUAUUUUCCCGAAAUAUACAUAGAACAUCAUUAUUCCAAUGUGAUAAUAAAUCGGAAAAAAUUAAAUCUUUACUAGAAUCUGCAGUAAUUGGAUCUGAUAUUAAGCCAACAAGUCCAGAGAACCAAUGGUCAACUUUACCAUAUGCGGAGGGAACGGUUCUCAAAAGAGAUCAAAAAUUGAAAUCUAUUAGACCAGCAAGAGAUCCAAGGGAAUGUUCGAUAAUUCUUUUUCCAGGGCAAGGUUCACAAUAUGUAGGAAUGGGAAAAAAUUUACUCAGUUGUCCCGGUUCAAGAGACAUUUUUGAAUUAGCUAAUCAAGUUUUAAAUUACGACUUAUUGAAAAUUUGUCUUGAAGGUCCAAAAUCAAAAUUAGAUAAAACAAGUUAUUGUCAACCUGCAGUUUUUGUAUCCUCACUGGCAGCGGUCGAAAAACUACAAGAGGAAAGACCAAACGCAAUUGAAAAUUGUGUGGCAACAGCUGGAUUUAGUUUAGGAGAAAUAACAUCUUUGGUUUUUGCUGGUUCAAUACCCUUUGAUAAAGCUUUAAAAUUGAUACAAGUCAGAGCAGAAGCUAUGCAAAUGGCAUGUGAGAUGAGCGAAGGUGGAAUGGCAACUGUAUUAUUUGGACCAGACUCAGAAAUAGGUGCAGCAUGUAAUAAAGCUACACAAUGGUGCCUUGAGAAAGGAAUUGAAAAACCAUAUUGUCAAGUUUCUAACUAUUUAUAUCCGCAUUGUAAAAUAGUUGCUGGACAUAUGGAAGCAUUACGAUAUUUAGAAACUAAUUCAAAAUUAUUUAAAAUUAAAAGAAUAAAACGAUUAGCUGUUAAUGGUGCAUUUCACACACCUUUAAUGGAAUCAGCCGUUGAACCGUUUAGGAAAGCACUUAAACAAAUUCCAAUUGAGGAUCCUUUAAUAAGUGUACACUCAAAUGUUGAUGGAAAACGAUAUAAAAAUGCCGGUCAUAUUCUUAAACAACUUCCUCAGCAGAUUGUAAAACCAGUAAAAUGGGAACAAACAUUACAUAUUUUAUAUGAAAGAGAUCAAGGCAAACAUUUUCCAAGAACUUUCGAAUGUGGACCUGGAAAAGGUCUUAAAGCCAUAUUAAAGCAAGUGAAUGCUAAGGCAUGCGAUUCAGCAACUAAUAUAGAAGCUUAAGGAAGUUUUAGUUUGUUGUUAGGUUUUACAAAUUUUAUAUAAUAUAAAAAUAAAAAAAUUUUUAUAACAUUUACAUA